CGUCUUUCUUCUACGUGCCGUAGGCAUAAAGAGCGGCCUGCACUUUCACUCUUUGUCCGCCUAUCUGUCUAUUCGAUCUCCUCCCGGUCUGCUCUUGAGGGCUCUUCUGCCAAACCCACGGAAACACUGUGUCGAAGCCAACCUGUGCGAGGCUCUUCUCCCAGAACUAAUACGAAUACUAAACUCUCGAUCCACUCCACCUCCCCCAACAACAAUUCACCAUGUCCGGUCUCUUCGGUGGCAGUUCUGCAUCUUCAGCGGCCACUACCACCACCGGGGACACUAGCAAAGAUAUCGAAGUGUCUCAAAACCAGCUACCUGGGGACAGCAUCUCCGAUAUGGCUUUCUGCCCGACGGCCGACUUCCUUGCCGUCGCAUCAUGGGACAAAAAGGUUUGGAUCUACGAGGUAACCAAUGCCGGCGCGCAGGGGAAGUGGUUCUUUGAAAUGGCAGGUCAUGUGUUGUGCGUUGCGUGGUCAAGGGAUGGCACCCGCGUCGCAGCCGGCGACUCCACUGGAAUAUGCAGCAUGGUCGACCUCUCCAAAGCCGCCCCCGGCCAAGUAGCAGCCCAACAAGUCGCUGGUCAUGUCGACCCAAAUAAUCAAGCCGCCAAUCCCGCUAUCAAAUGCGUGCGCUGGUUUCAGAACGGCGGGCGGGACAUCCUCGCAACCGGAUCCUGGGAUAAAUCUGUCAAGUUCUGGGACUUGACAAGUCCCCAGCCCCUAGGUUCCUUGGAUUGCGGCGAGCGUGUCUACACUAUGGACGUCAAGGAUGACUUGCUCGUGGUUGGAACGGCGGAGCGACACAUCCAUAUCGUUAACCUGAAGGAACCAACCAAAAUCUACAAGACGAUCACCAGUCCCUUGAAAUGGCAGACGAGGGUUGUAAGCUGCUUCACCGACGCAACUGGAUUUGCUGUUGGAUCUAUCGAGGGUCGUUGCGCGAUCCAAUAUGUCGAGGACAAAGACACAUCCCUAAAUUUCUCCUUCAAAUGCCACCGCCAACAAGACCCCGCCGCGCGCGACAUCGCCAAAGUCUACUCCGUCAACGCCAUUUCCUUCCACCCCAUCCACGGUACCUUCAGUACUGCCGGCUCGGAUGGCACAUUCCACUUCUGGGACAAAGACGCCAAGCACCGCCUGAAAGGCUACCCCGAAGUCGGCGGCUCCAUCACCGCCACCUGCUUUAGCCGCGACGGCAACAUCUUCGCCUACGCCAUUAGCUAUGACUGGAGCAAGGGCUACAGCCACAACACCCCCCAGUAUCCCAUUAAGCUGAAACUGCAUCCUAUUUUGGGCGAUGAGUGUAAACCUAGACCUGGGAGUAAGAAGAGGUAAAUUCUUUGUGUGAAGGGGGAUGUAUCUGCUAAUUCGGGGGUUUGUGUGAAGGCACUAGGGGGAAAAUGGCGUUGAGUGAGAGUACGUCAACGAAUGGAGCUGCUCCGCCUCCGAAGGGGGGACAUGCAAAAUCCAAUGGAUUCCCCGCAGAUGGAUAUCCUUCUAAGGGUCGGGAUUCAUUCGAAGCUUGAGAUUUUUUUUUGCCGGUGUCAGCGGCGUUUCGAGGGCAUAGUCGGCGGGCUGGCCUGUACGAUCUCCAUCUUUAUUCAGUUCAGUCUGGUAUUUUUCUGCGAACCCCUUUUGAAUAAGUGAGGAGCCGUUUUCUUCUUCCCACCAGUCGAUAGCGACAUGAAUGGAAGAUAGAUUACCAGACAGAAGCCAUUGCAUGGUGAGUGGAUGGGAGUGUAUUAGAGAGUGUAGUAGAUAGCCAACUUCAAUUAUAGGAAGAACAAGUCAAACCAGGCAAGUCC